AUGAUAUUUGCGGCGAAUUGUGAAAAGAAAAGUGAUAAAAAAUUGGUACUGGAAAGGUCAGUAGGGUCGCUGUUGGGACAAUUGAUCGGCGAUGCGAUUGGUUUUCGUUAUCAAUAUCGUUUUGCCAUCGAUAUUCGAAAACAAAUUGCUAUGGAUCGAGAUGAAAAUGGUUUCUUGCCAAUUCGCGGAAGUGGUGUUUUUGAUUUUCCACCUGGGCAGGUAUCAGAAGGAAGUGAAUUAUGUAUGAUGCUAGUGCGGUCAUUAAGUCGCGUUCGAAAGUUGUCUUUAACUGAUAUCGCCAAUAAUCUUGUUCGAUGGGCUGAAUCUGAACCAUUAAUUGUUGAUGAAACACUUGCGAAUGUACUUCAUAUAAAUGGUCCAAUAAGUUCAAUUAGAUUUCUUCCUGCUGAACAAGUUGAAAAGUUGAUUGUGGCAAAUGCGACCAUAAGAAAUAGCCGCAACUUCUCGAAUAAAUGUUUAUUUUUUGCCGUUCCUUUAGCUAUUUCAUCGGCUCAUACAGUUGGUCCAUCUUUAGCUCCAUUAAUUGCUGGAUUAUUUCAACCAAAUCAAGUAGUUGUUGAUGCACUUCAAACGCUAAUCGCAACUGUACGAUCAUUAAUUAUUUCGAAUAAUGUUGAAACGGCUUUGAAUGUUGCUCGUGCAACAUCAUGCACCAAAACGAUUAAGGAUCACAUAAGUGGCUCAGCUGUAAAACCUCAUCCACAUCCUGAAUCAGAAUAUUCUAUAAGAGAGGAAUUACCGAUUGAUUACUUGGGAAUCGCAUUGCAAUGCUCUUUGUAUCAAUUGGCCAAUGCAAAAUCAUUUGCUGAAGGUAUCGAGAAUGCUUUAAAAAUUGGUGGCGAUACAAUCGCGAAUGCGGCAAUCACUGGCGCUAUAUUAGGAGCACGGUUUGGUGUGAACAACAUACCAAAACAAUGGAAAGAUACAGUGCUUAAAGCGACCCUCGAUCGACAUAAAACUUUUCCAGAUGUAUGUUGCAGUGACAUCUCAAAUUUAGUUGACAAUUUGUUGUCGAGGGUUACAUUAUAA